AUGGAUUUUGAUCGUAUGGAUAUACCGAGAAAUAUUUUAGUGGGAUCUUAUAUUGGAAAUAGUCAUCUUCGCCCCGCAUUAGAAAUUUGCAAGAUUCUAAUUGAACGUGGAUAUAAUGUAGCAUUAGUGGCACCAGGAAAUUUUACACCUUCAUCAGAAUAUCCUAAAAUUAAACAAUUCUCAACUGGACCAAAACUUGAUACAAGAGAUUUACCUAAUGUUUAUGAAGAGAUAUUCUUUGAAGAAUAUACAUUUAAGAAAUUUAAGAAACAAAGGAAAAUUUCAAAUUCGGAAUAUUUAGAUAGGUUUAAAAUAUAUAUGGAAGCUGCAACAGAAUUUAAACCUGAUUUAUUUUUUUGUGAUUUUUUAAUGAAUGAAGCUUGUUAUGAUGUAGCUUGGAAAUUGAAAAAACCCAUUGUUGGAAUUAGUAAUGGACUGACUUCAAGAUCAGAUUCACCUUAUAGAUCAGAUCCUUCAUGGGGAUGUCAUGCUAAUAUGGAGAAUGAACCUUUUAUAGAGAGAUUUAGAUGUGCUAUAAUUAUUCCUAUUAUGAUUAUUUAUGAAUCAAGAUCUUGGGUAAAUGAAUUAAAUGAAAUUAGAUCUAAAGUUGGAGUUUCUCCUGUGUCAAGUUCUAUUGAAAGAGUAAAAGAUUCUUUAUUUUUUGCUGACACUUUCUUUGGAUUUGAGGUGCCUCAUCAUUUGCCACCACUUAUUCAAGAAAUUGGCCCAGUAAUGCAAGAUGAAUAUCAACCAAUAACACCACAAUUUUCCCAAUUUCUUUCUAUUCAUAAGCGUACAAUGUUUGUUACGCUUGGAACUCAAGUAUAUACAACUCAGAAAAAUAACGAAAUAUUACUUAAAUCAUUCAUCGAAGCUAUCGAUAAAAAUAUUAUUGAUGGAAUAAUUUGGUCAUUUUCAUCAUCACCUAAUAAUGAAUUUCCUUCCGAUAUUAUUUUAUCAAACGGUACUACCUUCGAAACUUCUUAUAUUUUAGAAAACAAAUUUCCUCAUAUUUAUAUUACGGAAUUUUCUCCUCGAUUUGCAUUAUUAAAUCAAACUAAUGUUAAAUUAUUCUUUUCACAUGGUGAUUCGAGAAGUUCACAUGAAUCUAUUUAUACUGCAAAACCAAUGUUAUUAUUACCUAUAGCAUUUGAUCAAAUGGGUAAUGCAGAAAAAUUAGUAAAUGUUGGCGUAGCAUUAUCAGUUUCUAAAUUUAAUUUAAGUGUUUAUGAUAUUCUUAUUAAAAUUGAGAAAUUACAAAUUGAUGAGAAUAUACAAAUAAAUGUAAGAAGGAUGCAAGUAUUAGCCAGAAUUAAUAGUAAGAGAAAAUAUCGAGCAGCAGAUUUAAUUGAAUUUUUAAAUAUUGAUAGUCAUAAUAUUGAUAAUAAUAAUUUUAAUAAUUUUAAUGGAAAAAACCAAAUUAAAGUAAAAAAUGAACAAGAAAAUUAUUCAAAUUAUGCGAAUGCUUAUUUACGAGAAUUAAUCACACCAGAUUCAAGAAUGGGUUUCGUAAAAGGAAAAUAUUUAGAUGUGUUUGUUAAAGAAGAGUAG